UCCGACUCCGAGCUGCGCCUCCCAUGGAGUCCGUCGCGAUCGCCACCACCUCCCGCUCCCUCCCGAUCCGCUUCCCGCCGGCAGCGCCGCGGCGGCGCCGCGUCUCCGUCGCCGCCAAGCGGCGAGACGACGAGGCGGACGGCGAGGCGGCGAGAGGCUCCAGGACGUCCUCAGCCGGCGGCGGCGGGGGCGCCGGGCGCCGCGAGCCCGCCGGCCUCGCGCCGUACGGGCUCUCCGUCUCGCCCUUCUCCAAGGACGCGGCGAUGGGGCUGGUGAUGAGCGCGGCGACGGGGAGCGGCUGGACGACGGGGUCGGGGAUGGAGGGCCCGCCGACGGCGGGCGGCGCGGGCCGGCCCGAGGUGUCCACGCUGCCGUGGUCGCUCUUCACCAAGUCCCCGCGGCGGAGGAUGCGGGUGGCCUUCACCUGCAACGUGUGCGGGCAGCGCACCACCCGCGCCAUCAACCCGCACGCCUACACCGACGGCACCGUCUUCGUUCAGUGCUGCGGCUGCAACAUAUUCCACAAGCUGGUGGACAACCUGAACCUGUUCCACGAGAUGAAGUGCUACGUCGGCCCGGACUUCCGCUACGAGGGGGAUGCGCCGUUCAACUACCUUGACGGCGGCGAGGACGGCGACAACAUCUUUCCAGUCCUCUAAUCUGCGUCCCGGUGCAUGACGGUGCUCUAAUUUCGCGCCAGCGCAGUUAGCUCUAUGUUAAUAAACACUAGGCUGUAUGUUGGUGUGGAACGGCGCCGUUCAGAACUUGUAUAUAUGCAGUACAGAUGUAUAUAAAUAGCACAAGUGCAGUGGAUAAUGUGAUGAUAAUAACAAGAUACCGAGAAUUCACUGCGU